CUGUUGACGUCGAAGGGACGCUGGCGCGCGGGAUUUAAACUGCAGCGGUUUAGGCGGCGUUAACACAGCUCAGUAUCUGCAGAGUCGUGGUUUCUAAACUUCUUGCAUUUGCGUUACCCGUUGCUGUUUCCGAGUCCAUGGAGUCGCUUCACGCACGAUUGUUUCCUGGUCUCUCCAUCAACAUUCAACGCAGCAAUGGGUUAAUUCACAGCGCCAAUAUAAGCACGGUGAACUUGGAGAAAUCCUGUGUUUCAGUGGAAUGGACCGAAGGAGGUACCACAAAGGGCAAAGAGAUUGACAUUGACGAUGUGGCUGCCAUAAACCCAGAGCUUGUACAGCUUCUUCCCUUACGACCAAAGGACAGUCUGCCAUUGCAGGAGAACGUAACCAUCCCGAAGCAAAAACGCAAGUCCGUCAACUCCAAAAUUCCAGCUCCAAAAGAAGGCCUUCGAAGUCGUUCCACUCGCAUAUCCACUGUCUCGGAAGUUCGAAUCCCUGCUCAGGAGAAUGAAAUGGAGGUGGAGCUGCCUGUGUCCACAAACUCUCGCAAGCCAUUUCCCAUUCCCACAGGCCACCCUAGGCCCUCCUGCUCCACAGUGACAGAAUUACCGUUGUUGAUGAUCAGCGAGGAGGCAGAAGAGCAAGCCCACUCCACCCGAAGCACCUCUUCUGCAAACCCUGGGAAUUCAGUUCGGAGGAAAUCAUGCAUUGUGAAGGAGAUGGAGAAAAUGAAGAACAAGCGAGAAGAGAAGAGGGCCCAGAACUCGGAGAUAAGAAUAAAGCGAGCUCAGGAAUAUGACAACAGCUUUCCAAACUGGGAAUUUGCCCGGAUGAUUAAGGAGUUUCGGGUUACUAUGGACUGUAACCCGCUCACUGUGUCAGACCCUAUUGAAGAACACAGGAUCUGUGUCUGUGUCAGGAAACGCCCACUGAAUAAGCAAGAACUGGCCAAGAAAGAAAUCGAUGUGAUUUCUGUUCCCAGCAAGUGUCUCCUCCUGGUGCAUGAACCCAAGCUGAAAGUGGACUUAACGAAGUACCUGGAGAACCAGGCUUUUUGCUUCGACUUUGCCUUUGAUGAAACUGCUUCCAAUGAGGUCGUCUACAGGUUCACAGCAAGGCCACUGGUACAGACGAUUUUUGAAGGGGGGAAAGCAACGUGCUUUGCCUAUGGACAGACAGGCAGUGGAAAGACACACACAAUGGGUGGAGACCUGUCUGGUAAAAGUCAGAACGCAUCUAAAGGGAUCUACGCAAUGGCUUCCCGGGAUGUCUUCCUUCUGAAGAAUCAGCCUCGCUACCGGAGCUUAAACCUGGAAGUUUAUGUGACGUUCUUCGAGAUCUACAAUGGGAAGGUAUUUGAUCUGCUCAACAAGAAGGCCAAGUUACGUGUGCUGGAGGACAGCAAGCAGCAGGUGCAGGUUGUGGGACUGCAGGAGUACCUGGUUACCUGUGCCGAUGAUGUCAUCAAGAUGAUCAACAUUGGCAGCGCCUGCAGGACUUCGGGACAAACAUUUGCCAACUCCAAUUCCUCCCGCUCCCACGCCUGCUUCCAGAUUCUUCUUCGAGCUAAAGGGAGAUUACACGGCAAAUUCUCUUUGGUGGAUCUGGCAGGGAAUGAACGAGGGGCCGACACGUCUAGUGCUGACCGACAGACUCGCAUGGAGGGUGCAGAAAUUAACAAGUCUCUCCUGGCUCUGAAGGAAUGCAUCCGGGCGCUGGGACAGAACAAGGCUCAUACCCCAUUCCGUGAGAGCAAGCUGACUCAGGUGCUGAGGGACUCCUUCAUUGGGGAGAACUCGAGGACAUGCAUGAUCGCCAUGAUCUCACCGGGGAUAAGCUCCUGUGAAUACACUUUAAACACACUGAGAUACGCAGACAGAGUCAAGGAGCUGAGCCCCCACAGCGGGCCCAGUGGAGAACAGGCAGUCCAGAUGGAGACAGAAGAAAUGGACGCCAGCUCUCAUGGGACCUCUCUGACAGGCAAUGAAGAGGAGGAGCUGUCCUCCCAGAUGUCCAGCUUUAAUGAAGCCAUGACUCAGAUCAGGGAGCUGGAAGAGAGGGCCAUGGAAGAGCUCAGAGAGAUCAUACAGCAAGGACCAAGCUGGCUUGAGCUCUCUGAGAUGACGGAUCAGCCAGACUAUGACUUGGAGACCUUCGUGAACAAGGCAGAAUCUGCCCUGACACAGCAGGCUAAGCAGGCUAAGCACUUCUCAGCCCUUCAAGAAGUCAUCAAGGCCCUACGCCUGGCCAUGCAACUGGAAGAACAGGCUAGCAAACAAAUAAACAGCAAGAAACGGCACCAAUGAUGACUUCAAAUAAAGAUCUGUUUGGUAUCACACUAGCCUCUUCCCCUCCCCAGAAAACUUUGGGCACCUCUGGCUUUGGUUAGGGCCUGAGUGGACAGGUUUUGGUAAAUGUCAAGUACAGGGCGUCAAGCCCUGGAAAGCUUGGGGAGAGGCCAUGUUCUUUUCCUCAGUUUGGAGCAGGAAGAAGGGACUUUAAUGACUGUGCUUCCUCUCCUCCGUCGGGAGUGCUGUUCGAUAGUUUCCUGGUACAGCAUCCCGCUGCUGGUAGAGAAGCUGCGAGGUGCAGGCUCUGGCAGAGAAGCAGUGCUUGUCCGGCUCCUGCUGCCUCUGGCUGCCAGCAUCAAUCACCUUUAGUCUGAGCGCUCUCGUGUUUUAUACUUUCAGAAAAAAGGUUUUGAGACCUCUUUGUUUUUGUUUUUGAAGCCUAAGAAAAUCUCUAGUUCUUGCUUUUUAUGUAUUUAUAUGUUGCACCUAACAAUAAAGAAAAAAAAACAUUUUAUGUGAUUACCAGAA